CUAUUCUCGGAUGACUGAAAUCAGACUUGUGUACCAACAUAGAAAGUUUAGAUUUUGUUUAAAUAGAUAUUUAACAUGAGAAAGUAUAUAGGGUUAGUGUAAGUCGUCGUUAUGGAUAAAUUAAGACGGCUAAUAACAAAUUUAUACACGAAUAUAACGAUUCUAUUAUGUAUAAACUUUUCCGUAUGUGACAGCCGUAAAUAUUUUCAGUCAUUUUCCUUCGGGGCAAUUAACAGUGUACAAUAACGAUCUAGCAUACGCAUAAAAAGUCCUCCGCUUAAUCAAAUGUUGACAGUGACUGAAAAUGAGUUGACAAAGGAAAGAAAGGAUUUGUUAAAAAGGAAUACAUUCUAUACAAUUAGGGAAAAGAUGGCUCAUAGCGGAAAACUUGCGAAAAAGGACUUGUCUAUACUUAAAUAUACGGGACUGCAAUUCAAUCCGGAUAAAUACGUUUUCCACCUGUUACUGGUACUGACGUUGAUGUUUAUGAUAUUAUACACGGUUGGAACUUCAGUCCCUGCUUGGUACGUGCUCGAGGAACGUGUUUCCAACUUGAGCACAUGCAAGUCAGCUGAUCUCUACCUAGAACCACACGUGCGGCGUUAUUGGAACAAAAGUCCAACGAAGUUGCUAUUAACUUCCAGUUUAUGGUUCAUAAACGUGCGUUUAACUAACGAGGAUGUGCAAUACAGUAAAUUUGUGCCAUUUAUAUUUGCCCAAAAAGAACAUAUAGCUGAGGAAACUCGUAAUGGGAUGGUUAUCGACAACAUGUUUCCCAAAUGUUUGACUACAAUCAUCACGUUCACGUUCCUCAGUCUGGGGGUGGCUUUCACGUGCUGUGCUUCUAACAGACCUGCCAGGCUUAUCUACUAUGGGCUUUCUUCUGUUAUGAUUGUUGCUGCAAUAACAACUUGGGUAUCUGUUGCCAUCACAACCAGCGAGAAAUAUCUUCUAUCUGUGGCCUUUGACCUUUGCCUCCAGCAGGGGGCGCUAAAGACUUCCUUCCUGCUUCAGAUGGUGACCGGCUCCGCAGGAAUUCUAGCCUUUAUAUUUGGUUGCAUUUUAAUACAUCUAGCUAUUUUAAUAAACAGUAAAAUUAACCAAGAGAAGUGCAAAGAUAGCGAAAAUGAUUUAAGUAUUCAAGAACAAUUGUCUUCCAUGUACACAAACUUUGAAUACCCCGAAAAGCAAAGGUUUUCUGAGGUAUACAACAUCUAACAAGGACAGUCGUAUCUUGUAACCUUUCUGUGGUAAAUAUUUCUGCUUGCAGCAACGAGUCUAGAGUGCCAGUUGUUACUGAAACUCUUUUGUAUUGGUGUUGAAACAAAACAUACACGAAUGCUUAUGACAGUAUAAGUGGCUCGUGUGUAAAACCGCCGUGGAAUAACUUUCAGACUAAGCAGCAAAAGGUUUAAGACGUAUAUACGCUGUGGGCUUGCGGUCAAACUAAUCUUUUUCAACGUUGAUAUAAGAUAUCAUUGAAGUGUCCUGCAAUCAAAGCCGACACACCGUUUGACUGUUGGGGAAGAUAACUAUGUAUAGGAUAUGGUAUUUGCUACAAAAUUUACAAGCCAAUUGAAUGAAAAAAGUCGUGGAUUUAAAGUGUCUUGCCAACAAACUGCUCACGGUUAUGGAAUAUAAAGGCAUACAGUCUGGAUUUUCAAACAAACCAGAAGACCAUCUGGAGACAUGUUUCUCAGUCACCAGAAGAUCAUCUGGAGACAUGUUUCUCAAUCACCAGAAGACCAUCUGGAGACAUGUUUCUCAAUCACAAUUAAAGAAUCUCACUUAAGUAACAUUCAGUCUCAAACAUUUAACGGUGACACGGCCGAAGAAAUGAAACUUGCUUAAAUUCGUCUCACCCAUAAUAAGACCAAUUUAGCUAUUUUAUUUGCUAUUUCAAAUGCAAUUGUAAAUAUGUUUGCUUAUUUAGCGCUUGUUGAAAAAUAAACAAAGUCUUUCUGAUAUAUCUGUAUAGAUAAACCAUCAACAUUUUAUCACAGAUGUAACAAGUGUUCAUAGAAUGUAUACUAUACGUUUAAAACGAUUUUUGUUUUCGAUCUAUUGUUUUGAACAGUUGAUUCAUUCCUUAUUUUGCCAAUGAAAUUUAAAAAUAAAUGUUAAAAUAAACGCUGCUACUUGUAGCCAAAGAAACA